AUGCCGGGGGCUGCGAGAGUGGUGGCCAGCAACCAGCAGGAUCUGGAGGGAGAUGGUGGCAGUGGCGGGCGUCAGCGCCGGGACGAGCCCCCUGCCCACAUCGCCACGUGCUGGCAGGCAAACCCCAGCCCUCCCCCACCCCCCCCGCCCCCCCCGCCGCCGUCGUCGUCGCCGCCGGGCCCGGGGUUAAACGCGGAGCCGCCGCGUUGGCCCAGCGUCCCGGCGAUGCGGAAACUCUUCGGGGAAAGCUGCCGGCAACCUACGGGGGGAACCGGGAAUGGGAACGGGAAUGGGACCGGGAGCGGGAUGGGGAACGGGAGCGGGGCUGGGAGUGGGACCGGGAGCGGUCGGGGAGCUCCCCCGCCGCCUCCACCCCGCAGCCGCGUCCCGCACCCGGCUCUCCGUUCUCCCCGCGGAGCUCCGCCGGAGCCCGGCCCGCAUUCCUGGCAUAACUCGACUCGACCGCAACCACCCUCCUCCUCCCCAUCACCCCGCUCCAACGGGGAGGAUGAAGCGGCGGCAUCCCGUUCUCCCCGCGCUUCGUCGGGCAGUGAAGGCGAAGGGCAAACCGGUGCCCACCGUCACCGCGCCGCCCGGAAGAAGAAGAAGGAGAGCGGUGGUUGGGAGAGCCCGGCGGAUGGCGGCGAUGGCGAGGCCGAAGGCUGCGGGAGGGUGGUCCCCCGUCAUCCGUUGCCCGUGGUGGCCCGUGUCUCCAAGGUGAACAUCCUGCCCUUCGGCAGCCCCGGUGGGUCGCGGAACAGCAGUCGUUAUUCCAGCACAGAGACGCUGAAGGAAGAGGAACAGUUUGGGAUCUGUUGGCCCAACCAAGGACGGACUCUCCAGGCGGGUUACGGCGUCUAUCGAUCACCCAGUUUCGGGACGAGCGAUGGCCUGGCGUGGGGACAGCCGGUGGUCCGCGUCCGUGCCAAGCUGCCGCAGGGCACGGCCAAGGCAAAACCGGACUUUGGGAGCGAGAGCCUGCACCAGCCGGGGCUGGAAGGGGAGCGGGCCAAGCACCGCAAGUCCUUGUCCAACCCCGACAUCGCCACCGAGACCCUGACGCUCCUCAGUUUCCUCAAAUCGGACCUCUCAGAGCUGAAGGUGAAGAAGAAAGGGGUGAGGAUCGGCCUUGACAUGGGCUCCGACGGCUGCUCUGGCAUCUCCAACCCCUCCCCUGGCAGCCGCGGUGCUGCUCAGCCCCCCAGCCGCUGGGCGCCGGGCGAGCGGCCAACGCUCAAGGACCUGACGGCCACUUUGCGUCGCGCCAAGUCCUUUACCUGCUCCGAAAAACCAGGGACGCGGCGGCUUUUCCUACAGAGCACCAUGAAGCAGAGCUCCUCCGAGCUCCUCCUGGCCACUGCUGACAGCCAGGACCAGGUGGCUUCGGAUGGGGGACAGCGGAGGGACGAGGAUGCUCUCCCCAUGGUCAUCCAGGACCAGUACAUCCAGGAGGCGAGGCAGGUCUUUGAGAAGAUCAGCAGGAUGGGUUCCCAGCAGGACUACGGCUUCACGGCCAAGCAGAAGGACAGCGGAGGUGUGGAGGGCGCCGAGGAGGUGGCACCGACAGGGACGACGGAUGCGACCCUUCGGGGACAGGUGGAGAGCACGCGGUGUUUGAAGGAAGCGGAGUCGGAAGAGAACCUUGCUCGCAGGAAAUCCGUGGAGGAGCUGUCGGGUCACGAGUCGAGCGUGACGGACGAGGGCAUCGUCACGGAGCCAGAGCCCGCGGGGAUGCCCUUCCAAGACCUGCGUGAAGCUGUGGAUGCCUGGACACUGCCCAAUGCCGGGCCAGCAGCUGGUGACACCGAAACGCCACUGCCCGCUCACCCGGCAGCAGCGGUUGAAGACCUUCCAGCUGGCAAAUCCGAGACACCGAGCACCCCCGGCAGCUUGCGGCGCCGCCGUAAGUUCCCCUCGGCAGGUGCCAAUGGGAUGGAGGGUGGCAGUGAGGGUGGCAGCGAGCCCUACCGCUCCCUGAGCGACCCCAUGCCCCACCGGAGAUGCUCGGUAGCGGAGGAGGCAAAGAAUUUCUCCGUCGACAGCAACUUCCUGGGCUCGCUGAGCGCCAAGGCGGGCAUCCCCCAACCCGCCGCCAUUGCAGGCAGCGCAGGCAGCGCAGGCAGCGACCUGUCGCUCAGCAGCGAUGGGCCGCGGGACUACAGCAGCCUCAUCCGAACCAUUGUCAGCCAGCCCGGAGCCAUGGCUAAGCUCGUCGAUGAGAAGGGCAACGGCAAGACCAUCAAGAAGAAGUCGUUGAGCGAUCCCAGCCGCCGCGGUGAGCUGCCGGCCGACGCCUUCGAAGGUCCCAGUGAGGCCAUCAGCGAGCUGGAGCCCAGCAUCCCACCAUCCAGCAGCGAGCCCAUCCUCUCGGCACAACCAGCAGCGCCGGGCACCGGCCGCGGCUAUGGCUUUGACCCCAAGUUGGCUGAUGUGUUGUCCCCUCGCAUUGCCCGGCGCAGCUCCAAGAAGCGUUCCAACCGCGCGGCUCACCAGGAAAACCAACCACCGCCAGCGCCUGCUGUCCUCGCCAAGAGCUGCCCGGCCACCAAGCACGUCCGUCACACCAGUGAACCCACCACCUUCGUCCCCAUCACCGUCCCCGAGCCGCUUGUCUCCUCCGGCCACCACAACCACCUCCCCGCGCCAGCUGCCAGCCGCUCACCCAGCAAAUCCUUCCCGACCCUCCAACCUCCUUCGCUGGAGGAUGUCACCAAGCGGUACAUGCUGGCCCUCAAUUCAGGUGACACGUCCUCCAGUCCCGGGGAUGGACCCCGCUCUCCGCCCGCUGCCCCUCCGCCCCGGCUGCCCCGGUGCCCACGGCCACCCAAUGAACACGGCCCCAGGACCAAGCCACAGGUGGACAUGAGGAAACACGUCAUCAUGACGCUGCUGGACACGGAGCAGUCCUACGUGGAGUCCUUGCGCACCUUGAUGCAGGGUUACAUGAAGCCGCUGAAGCAGCCGGAGAACUCGCUGUUGUGUGACCCAUCGCUGGUGGAUGAGAUCUUCGACCAGAUCCCCGAGCUGCUGGAGCACCACGAGCAGUUCCUGGAGCAGAUCCACGACUGCGUGCAGAACUGGCACGAGAAGCAGAAAGUGGGAGACCUCCUCGUGCAGUCGUUCUCCAAGGACGUGCUGGUGAACAUCUACUCUGCCUACAUCGAUAACUUCCUCAAUGCCAAGGAUGCCGUCAGGAUCGCCAAGGAAGCCCGGCCGGCAUUCAUGAAGUUCCUGGAGCAAAGCAUGCGGGAGAAUAAGGAGAAGCAGGCUCUGUCCGACCUGAUGAUCAAGCCGGUGCAGAGGAUCCCACGAUACGAGCUGCUGGUGAAGGACCUGCUGAAGCACACGCCAGAGGACCACCCCGACCACCCUUUCCUUAUCGACGCCCAGCGCAACAUCAAGCAAGUGGCCGAGAGGAUCAACAAGGGCAUGAAGAGCGCAGAGGAGGUGGAGAGGAAUGCCCGGAUCGUGCAGGAGAUCGAGUCCCACAUCGAAGGGAUGGAGGACCUCCAGGCCCCGCUCCGCAGGUUCCUGCGUCAGGAGAUGGUCGUGGAAGUGAAGGCGGUGGGUGGGAAGAAGGACCGCUCCUUCUUCCUCUUCACGGACCUGCUGGUGUGCACGACAUUGAAGCGCAAGUCGGGCUCCCUCCGCCGCAGCUCCAUGAGCCUGUACACGGCGGCCAGCGUGAUCGACACCGCCAGCAAGUACAAACUGCUCUGGAAGCUGCCGCUGGAGGACGUGGACAUCGUCAAAGGUGCCUCGCAAGCCACCAACCGGGAGAGCAUCCAGAAAAGCAUCUGCCGCCUGGAUGAAGACCUCAGCACGUUGGGGCAAGUCAGCAAGCUGUCGGAGACCCUCAGCUUCCCCCACCAGAGCCUGGACGACGUGAUCAAGGACCUGAUGGCCGCCAUCCACCGGGAGCUGGCGGAGAAGCAAUCCCUGUCCUUCAGCAUGGCCUUCCCCCCCAACAAGGUGGAGCUCAGCACCACCAAAGCUGACGGCACCGAGUCCUUCAUCUUUGAGUUCCCCAACCCCGACGCCCGGCUCGGCUUUGAGCAAGCCUUCGAGGAUGCCAAGAAGAAGCUGGCUUCCAGCAAAAACUGCCUGGACCCGGAGUUCCUCAAGGCCAUCCCCAUCAUGAAGACACGGAGCGGGAUGCAGUUUUCUUGUGCUUCUCCCAGCCACGGCAGCCCGGAAAGCUCCCACGAGGUUUGGGUUUGCAACAGCGAUGGUUACGUGGGGCAGGUUUGUUUGCUCAGCAUCCGUAAGGAGCCCACGGUAGAGGCGUGCAUCGCCGUCUGCUCCGCCAGGAUCCUCUGCAUCGCCUCCGUGCCCGGUCUCAAGCGGGCGUAUAGGGAGCGUGCCGAGCCAGUGGGCAGCCCCUCCUCGGAGCCGAUGCCGGCGCAGCCGGAGGAUGCGGGGCCGCAGCCGUGCCUGCACAUCUCCAUCUCGGGUUCAUCGCUGGAGCUCUCGGAGCCGGUCGACGGCGGCAACAGGGAGCUGGUGCCCUUCGAUAGCGAUGACACGGAUGACGAGUCCUCGCCCAGUCCCUCGGGGACGCUGCAGAGCCAAGCCAGCCACUCCACCAUCUCCUCCAGCUUCGGGAAUGAAGAGAUACCGAGCUGCAAGGAGGCAACGGCAGAGACGACGAGCUCAGAGGAAGAGCAAGAGCCCAGCUUCAUGCCCAUCACCAGCACCUACGGCCAAAACCGGCACGGCGAGAGCCCCACAGACGGGCGAGCCCUGCGCCGCUCCAGCCGCGGCUCCUUCACCCGGGGCAGCCUCGAGGACCUCCUCAGCCUUGACCCUGAAGCCCAUCAGAGCUCCAUGUGGUUGGGCACCGAGGAUGGCUGCAUCCAUGUGUACCAGUCCUCGGACAACAUCCGUAACAGGAAGAACAGCAUGAAGAUGCAACAUGCCGCUGCCGUCAUGUGCAUCUUGUACCUGGAUAAUCAGGUUUUCGUGUCGUUGGCCAACGGGGAGCUCGUUGCGUACCAGCGGGAGGCAGGCCGCUUCUGGGACCCGCAAAACUCCAAAUCCCUCUCCCUGGGCUCGCCAGGGAGCCCCAUCACCAAGAUGGUGGCGGUGGCGGGGAAGCUCUGGUGCGGCUGCCAAAACCGGGUCAUCGUCCUCAACACCGCCACGUUGGCGCAAGAGCACACGCUCCAGGUGGGACAGGACGGCGGGCGCAGCGUCACCUGCAUGGUGAGCGCGGGGACCGGCGUGUGGGUCGCGCUGCAGAGCAGCGCCCAGGUCCGGCUUUACCACGCCACCAGCUACGAGCAGUUGGCCGAAGCGGAUAUCACCCCCCCGGUACACAAGAUGCUCGCCGGCUCGGAUGCCAUUAUCCGGCAGCACAAGGCAGCCUGCCUGCGGAUCACGGCUCUCCUGGUGUGCAAGGACUUGCUGUGGAUCGGGACCAGCGCCGGCGUGGUGCUGACCCUCGCCGUCUCGGCCAAGGCGGCCCCGGCGUUGGUGGGGCUCUCCCCGGGUCACACUGGCCACGUCCGCUUCCUCACCGCCAUCGAGCUGCCCGACGGCUUCGACGUCCUCUUCCCAUUGCCGAGGGAGAUGGGGGCCGAGAAGCCGAGCGAAGCGGAGAAGCGAGACCCAUCGCGCCCCCGCGCCCCCGCCCUCACCCUCUCCAAACCCAAGAUGCUGGUGAUCAGCGGGGGGGACGGCUACGAGGAUUUCCGCCUGACCAGCAGCAGCGAGACGGUGGGCCGGGACGACAGCACCAACCACCUCCUCCUCUGGAGAGCGUGAACGGCUG